UAUAUUUAUAGCAUAGUAUUCCGAGUUAGACAAAUAAACUUUCGAACGCGUAGCGUGAGAAGUUUAUUUGGCUAACGAGGAAGGCGUUGCUAUAAAUGAUUUGUGACAUGAAUGACACGCCCAUGACAGUCCGUGCAAAAAAAAUCACGUUUGGCGCGAAAAUCUAUCAAAGCGCAUGAUUCUGAAGGAAGCGAUGAUGGCAGACGCAUUCUCUCUACCCUUAGAGUCUCUACCAGAUUGGCUUGAAAUUGAAAAUGUAGAUACGGAUGAUUUGGUUCUCUCUCAGGUUCUUCAAGAAGUCGAGGAAGACAUGUCGUUAGCCAAUGCGUCGGAAACAAUAGAGGAGCAUAUUAGACUGUCGCAAAUUCAUUCAAAUAUGGAACCAUUUUAUAACAUGAGUGUAUCACAGGCUGUGGAUUACUACCACUUGGGAACAUUUGAGCUAGGAAAUUUCUUGCUAACCGACUUAAAAGAUGAGGAUGUCGAACCGGUGCGUUUUACCGCACCCGUUUUAGAUGAGGAUGUCGAACCGGUGCGUUUCACUGCACCAGUUUCAGAUGAGGAUAUAGAAAAGCUGAUAUCGUCUCAAACAAACGCGAACACGAAAAAGAAUACAAAGUGGUCUAUUGGUGUUUUUAAUGAAUGGAGAAUCGCAAGAUCUAAACAUGGCGAUAGUAUUGCUGACAUACAUAUGCUCGAAGCUGCCGAAAUGAACCACUGGCUACAACGUUUCGUGAUUGGAGUGC